AUGCGUAAAGAUUACCAACUGCCUAAAUUUUAUGAUCGUCUAGUUUGUAGAACGGGUGCUGUCAGCCAGGCUGUAGGAUCUGCAUAUAUUGAAUUAAGAAAUACCAAGAUUAUUUGUGCCGUUUAUGGACCACGAGAAGUAGCCAAGAAACAAGAAUUUAAUAUUCAGGCUACAGUAGCCUGCGAAUUAAAAUUUGCUACAUUUUCCUGCCGGCGUCGUCGCCGUCAUAUACAGGAUUCUCAAGAGAAGGAAUAUUCACAGAUUAUUGUGCAAGCAUUACAGCCAGUUGUACGACUUGACAAAUAUCCAAAGUCACAAAUUGACAUCUUUAUUACUGUUUUGCAAAAUGAUGGCAGUGUCUUAGGUGGUGCUAUUACAGCUGCUUCAGUAGCUUUAGCCGACUCUGGUAUAGAAAUAUUUGACGUGGCAAUUGGCUGUUGCUUGCGUCAAAUAGGAGAUCUUUCUUUGAUUGACCCAACCUAUCUUGAGGAAGAAGGUCGUCUUAAUAAUGAAGAAGAAGAUGAAAUAGUAACCAAUGCUAAUGUAACUAUAGCGUUGUUGCCUUCAUUGAAUCAAGUAUCAGCAUUAAUUAUGAAUGGAGAAUUAGAUGUAGAUUCAACCCAAAGGAUUAUAAAAGAUUGUCUUGAAGGAUGUAUAAGGAUAUAUCCUGUUGUACGAGAAUGUUUGACAAAAAGCUUAGAAGAGAAAAUGUCAAGAAAUUAA